UGUGCGCUUCAUUCCAGUGCACAAGCCGAGCGAAGCAGACUGUCCACCCGCAGCAGCCGAAGCUGAUACAUUCGCUCAGGGAAUAAAUAUAUUUAAAACCGCGCGGCUGUGUCUUUACAGGAAUACCACUCGAUCGCGGACGCAUGUGAGAGUGCACAUGCCUGGCUGGGACUGUACACCAUGGCUCUGACACAAGUGCGGCUAUCUCUGCCUCUGCUCCUCUGACCACAGAGAAAGUCUUUGGAUCUCCUCGCGAAGGCGGUUUUUUUUUAUUUUUUUCCCCCAUUGACUAACAACGAAAUAUUGUUGGAAAUAUUCUCCGGAUGGUGACCGCGGAGUGGACUACCUGUUUUCAGCUGAUUAGCGCAAUACGAGGGGAAGGGACUGGCAGACUUGCGCCCGUUGCCUUUCCUCUGGUUUAAGAAGGCACGUUGGAGAUCACUGGAAAUCGAGAAGGGCUGCUAUAUUCACACAUUUUACACCAAGGGUGUUAUUUCCUCCCAACAUUCACCUUUACGUGUUUUGGUGAAUGGGGGUAACUCUGGUCCUGGAGGCUUGACACCGCUGGGACUGGGACGAGACUGAGUGCGUGGAGCGGGGGAUCACCCAGGAUUGUGUUUCCCUCCUCUCUCUCGGGUCUGUUUACAUGUCCGACCUGACUGCUUUAUGACAAUGGAUUACUUUCUGCUUUUAUGCAGCCUCUUGCUGCCAGUGGUGUCCGCUGUAGAAGAGACGCUGAUGGACACGAAGUGGGCCACGACAGAAUUAGCCUGGACUGCACACCCUGAGACAGGGUGGGAAGAGGUGAGUGGGUACGAUGAUGCCAUGAACCCCAUCCGGACGUACCAAGUCUGCAAUGUACGUGAGGUAAACCAGAAUAACUGGCUGCGCAGUGACUUCAUCCCACGAAAAGAUGUGCUGCGUGUAUAUGUGGAGAUGAAAUUCACAGUGCGCGAUUGCAACAGCAUUCCCAACAUCCCAGGUUCCUGCAAAGAGACCUUCAACCUCUUCUACUACGAGUCUGACUCAGACUCAGCCACAGCCACAAGCCCUUUCUGGAUGGAGAACCCUUAUGUGAAGGUGGAUACCAUUGCCCCAGAUGAGAGCUUUUCCAUGCUUGAGACUGGGCGGGUAAACACAAAGGUUCGAAGUUUCGGGCCAUUGUCCAAAGCCGGGUUCUACUUGGCCUUUCAGGAUCUUGGCGCUUGCAUGUCACUCAUCUCAGUGAGGGUCUUUUACAAAAAAUGCUCCACCACCAUUGCCAACUUUGCCGUUUUCCCAGAGACAGCAACUGGGGCCGAGGCAACCUCUUUGGUUAUUGCGCCGGGAACUUGUGUCCCCAACGCUCUGGAGGUGUCCGUGCCAUUGAAGCUCUAUUGCAAUGGAGAUGGCGAGUGGAUGGUUCCUGUAGGAGCCUGCACUUGCUCGCCUGGCUUCGAACCAGCCAUAAAGGAUACCCAAUGUCAAGCUUGCAACCCUGGCACCUUCAAGUCCAAACAAGGAGACAGCUUCUGCAUGCCCUGUCCAGCCAACAGCCGUGCCAGCUCAGGAGCAUCCAGUGUUUGCUCCUGUAGAAACGGCUACUACCGCUCAGACACCGAUUCUCCCGACUCCCCCUGUACCACUGUUCCUUCUGCACCACGCAGUGUCAUCUCCAGCGUGAACGAAACCUCACUUGUGCUGGAAUGGAGCGACCCACGUGACUUGGGUGGCCGUGAAGACAUCUUCUACAACGUCAUCUGUAAGAAGUGCCUGCCUGAGCGGGGAAUGUGCUCGCGGUGUGACGACAACGUUGACAUCUCGCCGCGACACCUGGGCCUGACCCAGCGCCGUGUGGCUGUCCGUAAUCUACAAGCCCACACGCAGUACAGCUUUGAGAUCCAGGCGGUCAACGGUGUUUCCAACAAAAGCCCCUACACGCCUCAGUUCUCUGCAGUGAACAUCACCACAAAUCAGGCCGCUCCCUCUGCAGUGCCCACAGUUCACCUGAUGGCGGCCACAGCGAGCACCAUGAGCCUGUCCUGGCUGCCUCCAGAGAAACCCAACGGAAUCAUUCUGGAUUAUGAGAUUAAGUACCAUGAGAAGGUAAGCAGCAAUGAUCAGGGCGAGGCCAUUGCUCAUACCAUGACUGCACAACGGAGCAACGCCCGCAUUGAAGGUCUCAAGGCUGGUACACCCUAUGUGGUACAGGUCCGUGCCCGAACAGUGGCCGGUUACGGUCGUUACAGCAGCCCAGCCGACUUCAGCACCAACUUGCAAACCGACCCACCAAAGUCUUGGCAGGAGCAGCUGCCACUCAUCGUGGGAUCAGCCACCGCCGCCUUUGUCUUCAUCAUUGCAGUUGUGGUCAUCGCUAUCGUCUGCCUCAGAAAGCAGAGAAACGGUUCAGAGUCGGAGUACACAGAGAAACUGCAGCAGUACAAAUCCCCUAUAGUAACACCUGGAAUGAAAGUCUACAUUGACCCCUUCACCUAUGAGGAUCCCAACGAGGCUGUGCGCGAGUUUGCCAAGGAGAUCGACGUCUCCUGCGUGAAGAUCGAGGAGGUCAUCGGCGCAGGUAACCCACCAAAGCUCCUGAGCUACAGGGGGAAGACUGCUAGUCACCUCCAGGCCAUACCGUUAGAGGACUUCACACCAAGCGGAGAGUUUGGGGAGGUGUGUCGCGGUCGCCUAAAGCUGCCUGGGCGCCGGGAGAUCAUCGUAGCCAUCAAGACUCUCAAAGUGGGCUACACUGACCGCCAGAGGCGAGACUUUCUGUCUGAGGCGUCAAUCAUGGGCCAGUUUGACCAUCCCAACAUUAUCCGUCUGGAAGGUGUGGUCACCAAGAGUCGGCCAGUGAUGAUUGUGACCGAAUUCAUGGAGAAUGGCGCACUGGACUCUUUCCUACGGCUCAACGAUGGACAGUUCACAGUGAUCCAGCUGGUUGGCAUGCUGCGUGGUAUCGCAGCAGGCAUGAAGUACCUGUCAGACAUGAACUACGUGCACAGAGACCUGGCUGCCCGUAACAUCUUGGUCAACAGUAAUCUUGUGUGUAAGGUGUCUGACUUCGGCCUAUCCCGUUUCCUCGAGGAUGACCCCGCAGACCCCACCUACACCAGCUCCCUGUAUUUCAUGCUCACCUACUCAUUCGCAUAUCCACAGGGAGGGAAGAUACCCAUUCGCUGGACGGCUCCAGAGGCAAUUGCCUACAGGAAGUUCACCUCGGCCAGUGAUGUGUGGAGCUACGGCAUUGUCAUGUGGGAAGUGAUGUCGUAUGGCGAACGGCCGUACUGGGACAUGAGCAAUCAAGAUGUGAUAAAUGCCGUGGAGCAGGACUAUCGACUGCCCCCACCCAUGGACUGUCCCACAGCACUGCACCAGCUCAUGUUGGACUGCUGGGUCAAAGAGAGGAACCUGCGACCCAAAUUCACCCAGAUUGUGGCCACGCUGGACAAGCUUAUCCGCAAUGCUGCCAGCCUAAAGGUGGUCACCAACAGCGCACAGUCCACCGGGGUAUCCCAGCCCUUGCUUGACCGCUGUGUGCCAGACUAUACCACUUUCACCACUGUGGGGGACUGGCUGGACGCCAUCAAGAUGAGCCGCUACCGUGACAACUUCGUCAAUGCCGGAUUUGCUUCCUUUGACCUCGUGGCCCAGAUGACAGCAGAGGACUUGCUGCGGAUAGGGGUAACGUUGGCUGGCCAUCAGAAGAAGAUUCUCGGUAGCAUUCAGGACAUGAGACUACAGAUGAACCAAACACUUCCUGUCCAGGUGUGAGCGUCAGGACAAACAGACCGAUGCAGUCGAAGGACAGCCAGACAGGAAAAGGGGGGAGGAACUGUGCCAGAAAGAGCCAUUGUAAAACCCUAGCUGCCUGACCCAUCUCUGCCAAUUAGACGCUAUGAAACUGGCUUGCAGUGCCUCUGACUAUUUUUUUUCUCGUUAUUUCACUACCACUUCCAUUUCCUGUUCCUGCUUUUUGUGUUACUCCUCAUUGUUUAUUUUUCCAUCCAAUCAGAAUUUGUGUGUUUUUGAAAGAGGAGGAAGAGUUACCCCCCUUAUAUUCCAUGCGUGCCUCACCAGCUCUGGUGUGGGUGGACGUUUGCAUGCAUGUGUGUUUUAGUGAGGUUGGCCUUAGCCCUGUAACUGAAAUGUCACACUCUGAUCCUCACUCAAGAGCCCCUCUCCGUGACCUCUCAACCCAGCUUUGAUGGACGUGAUGCAUAGUAAGGAAUGAAUGCCCUGGUGUAAAAUAAUAAGUGAACGAAAGGGUCACACACAAAAAAAAAGACGAAAGAAACAGCAGAGAUGUUUUGGACCCACAGGAGAUAGAGGACAAUUCUUUCCCUGAUAGAAGUUGUUUUACUGUGCACGUGUGUGUCGUUCUCCAUCUUCAUAUUGAAGGUGUGUAAUGUAAAAGGGCACUUGCU